AUGAAACUACUGUUAGUACUCGCGAUAUGCGGCUUCGUAGCAGCCGCCCCGAACGUAGAGAAUCAUGAUGUUAUUGUAGUAGAAAACAUGGCCAUCGAAGAUCGAAAUUGGUUGCUCGAUAGGCUAGUAAAUAUGAUGAUUUCUACGAUUCGUAAUAUUAUUAAGAAUGGCUUCGCUAUAGUUGGGAUCCCACCCCUAGAUCCCUUGAAGAUAGACAAUUUGCACCUUGAUAUUCCUGUGGAACUUAUUAACCUAAAUUUGAAACUAGAAAAGAUCGUCGUAGUUGGUUUCGGUGAAUUCGUGGUACAUUCAAGCAAACUGGAUGUCCACGAGCUCUCAUUCGAUCUUGACAUCUCUAUACCUCGUCUCGACAUCAAUUGUGAAUUAUACGACCUAACAGGGGAUUUGUUAACCGCUAUUCCAAUUUACGGAAGAGGGAAAGCUGAAUUUGUAGUCGAAGACUUAAAAAUAAAGGCUAAACUUUUCUUAAAACAAUCCGACAACGAAAAGGCUGUUAUUAUUGAUCGGAUUGAAGGAGCGGCAUUUGAACUUCCUUACUUUAAGUCUAAUCUGGAUGGAGCGAUCGGUGGUGGAGAUAUCGACGCAAUUGUUAACGCAAUUAUAGAAGAAGUGCUUGUGGGCUAUGUCAACCGCUUCCGUGGUGCCAUCUCCAUGUUUGCAUCAGAACUUAUCCUCAACAUCGCAAACCCUAUUUUGGAACAAUUAGAUACCUGGGCCAUCCUUGCUCCUUUCUUACCUAGAGUUUCUUUGUAAAUAUUAUAAACACAAAUUUGUAAACACUCUUAGGUAUUAUUUUAGUUAUAACCAUUUUCUUGUUGAUUACAAUUUAAAAACUUUGUGGUUAUAUACAUGUAAAACAUUAAAGAUUUUUGAACUCGGCUUAAAAAAUAAUCAUAAAUGUCUUAAGUAUAGUUAUUUAUUUGAAACACAAAUCAGUACCUAAUAUAUUGUCACUUUAGGGACAAUUAUGGUUUAAAAAUAAAAACAGUACAGCAACUUAAUUUUUGUUUUUUUAUAAACUAAAAAUUCUUUUUUAAUAAUUACAUAAAGAUUAUGAAAAUUGUACUUAUACAGCUACAGCAUUGAAUCACCACACUUCCCGACACACUUUUGAAAAGUCCAAUUUAUAUCCUUCUGAACACAAGUUCUCUUCAACAGGAGAAUCUUCAUAUUCUACAUUUUUUAUUAUCACAUCGUAUUCUUGUACUGGUUCAUUAAAUAUAUCAUUACGAAUAAUUGCCGCCGUAGCGAUACUAAUUAGUAUGAUGAAAACCGUAAUAAAAUAUAUUUUCGUCCACAUUUUAGUUUAGUUACACACAAAUUGCCCUGAUGAGAUGCAGAUUACCAAA